UCCCUGAUUCAUGUGUCCGAGUAUCUGGUAACUCACGCUAGUAGCCACUGGCACGGCCUUUCCCUCAACCCUAAUCUCGUAGUCUUAGGCAGCGGUUUGGCUGUCCGGGAUGGACGCUUUCGAGAGCUAUUUCCGAGCGGCCGACACGAAUGGGGACGGAGUGAUUAGCGGCGCUGAGGCGGUCACCUUCUUCAGACGAUCCGGCCUUCCCCAGAUGACCCUCGCCAAGGUGUGGCAGUACUCGGACGUGCGCCAGGCUGGCAGCCUCACGCGUCCCGAGUUCUUCAACGCGCUGCGCCUCGUCACUGUAGCGCAGUCGGGCCGCGAUCUCACCCCCGACCUCGUCCGAGCCGCUCUUACCGGCCCUGCCGCAUCCCAGAUUCCUCCUCCUCGUAUCGCAGGAGCCGUUCCUCCCAGUGCUGGUCCCGCUCCUCCCACUGGUCCUGCUCCUGCCAGUGGCGCUCCUGCUCCCCCUGCUGCUCGAGGUCCUGUGCCUGCUCCUCCUCCUGGUGCUGCUGCUGUUGCCGCUCCUGCUGCUGCUCCUGCUGCUGCAGUUGCCCCCACUGCUGCCGCAGCAGCAUCCCAGCAACCUCGCCGGCCGUCCCCUACUCCCACUCGUCCCGGGAUGGGUCCAAGCGCUACUGCUGCUCCCCAACCACUCUCCACCUUUCCAUCUGGGUUCGGCACAGGUUCGGCAGGUGCGGGAGGAGGUUCGGGAGGGCUAACAGCAGCGGCAGCAGCAGCGGGACUGAAGCCGAAGCAGCCUGGUGCUCUGUCUGACGUGUUUGCUGAGUUCGGGGGCAUUGAUCUCAAGUCUAAGUCCGUGCAGCCCACUCACGCGCCUACUAGGAGGGAGCUGCCAGGGUCGCUGCAGCAGCAGCAGCAGCAAGCGCAGAUAGGGACGAUUCAGCUGCAGCAGCAGAUGGCUGCGAAGCAGCAGCAGGACCAGUUGCAGCAGCAGCAGCAGUUGCAACAGCAACAGCAACAGCAACAGCAACAGCAACAGCAACAGCAACAGCAACAGCAGCAGCAACAGCAACAGCAGCAGCAGCAGCAGCAGCAACAAUUGCAACAACAACAGCAGCUGCAGCAACAGCAGGCCUUCCCACCACCACAGCAGCAGCAGCAGACGCUAGGUGAGGAAAGGCCAUCUCAAGGUCUUGCACCUGCUGCUGCUCCUUCUGCACCUUCCCCCGCCAUCCCUACUGCUGCUCUUGAAGAACCCAGGCCUUCCAUUGCCGAGCCUCCUCCCCCUGCCACCGCUGCUGCUCCUGCUGCUACUGAGCCCUCAGCAGCAAAGGCAGGGGUUGUAGAUGCAGGGAUAGCGGCAGCAGCAGGUGUCCAAGACGCAGCGAAAAAGGACGCAGAUAGAGCGGGUGCAGGGGCAACAGGAGCAGGAGCAACAGCAGCAAUAUCACAAGACGCAGCAGGGAAGGUGACACGAACAGCCGAUGACAUCGCAAAGGCGUCUCUCAACGCCUUCCUGGCAGGAGGCGUGUCCAACGCCAUGGUGCCCAGGCAACCCCCUUCGUCCGCCACAGCAGCAGCGGCAGGGCAGGGCAUCCCAGGCCAAGCCAUGCCUGGAGCUGGUGCGCCUGGUGCUCUUGUUGCGGCAGGUAUCUCCCCUCCUCCACCUUCCGUCCCCUCAGCAGGGGCAGCAGCAGCAGCAGCAGCAGCAGGGGGGGCAGCGGCAGGAGGGGGGUAUGUGAUGGUGGCAGGGGAUCCCCAACCGUGGCCCCGGUUGACAGUGGCAGAGGUGCAGAGGUGUGCGCAGGUGUUCAGCGCGGUGGACACGGAUAGAGAUGGUAAAAUUACUGGCGAGCAGGCCAGGAAGCUGCUCAUGAGCUACAAGGUCCCCAUUGACGUGCUGAAGAGAGUGUGGGACAUGUCGGACCAGGAUGGGGACGGCAUGCUGACCCUGAGAGAGCUCUGCACCGCUCUGUACCUCAUCAACCACGUCAAGGCUGGCCGCACCCUGCCCCCCGCUUUGCCGAAAGGCAUCCACCUCGAUGAGCAACCAGCACCCCCUGCUGCUGGUGGUACUGGUACUGCUGCUGCUGCUGCUGCUGCUGCUGGUGCUGCUGCUGCUGGGACUGCUGUUUCUGCUCCUGGCGCUGUCCCAGGAAGCUCAGCAGCACCUACUGCUGCUGGUGGUGCAGGGGGGGUGGGAGGAGAAGCAGGAGCGGGCACAGCAGCUGGGGCUGGUGCAGUGGUGGUGUCGGCUUGGAGGCAUGAACCAGGGAGUGCCAAGCCAGAGCAGCAGCAGCAGCGACCAACGGUAGUGCUGACAGGCGUGGGGCAGAUGCCGGUGUCAGCAGAGGCAGGCGACGUGGAUGCAUCUCGGCCGGUGUACCGGUCGCAGGCGCCGGACCUGGAGGGGGAGAAGGUGGCUCAGCUGGAUGCGGAGGAGAGGGAGAAGAUCGAGAGCAAGCACAGGGAGGCCGAGGAGAUAGGGAAGAAGGUGUGGGAGACGGAGUUGCAGAUUGCUGACUACAGGAGGAAGAUAGACUUCUAUCGGGUCAAGAUGCAGGAAAUCAUCAUGUUCAAGAGCCGCUGUGACAACCGCUUGAACGAUGUGACCGAACAAGUUUCAGCGGAGAAGAGACACCACGACAUGCUGUGCAAGCGGUACGACGAGCGCUUCAAGGCGUCCAUGCCAGGUGUCAAGUCGCGAUUGGCGUAUGAGGACAGCGUGCUCAAGGAACUGCAGGACCGCAAGGCGCAGCUGAUGGAGGUGGUGUCGCGGUUCCAUGCCACCACUGACGUUUCCGACCUGCUGCAGGGCCGCGCAGACAAGCUGGGCAUGGACCUGGAGGAUGUGAGGCGGGCCAUCAACCGCCAGGCCAAGGACCUGGGGCUCAAAGUGCGGCCGCUGCUGGGGGCCACCUCGGGGGCUGAUGCGUGGCGAGUGGCCCUGCAGGAGAACAUGGCGGAUUGCGAUGAUGACUGGGACGAGUUCAUGGACCAAGGCUUCUCUGUGGUGCGCACGCGCACGGACAACCUGCUGGGAGGCGAUGAGGACGAACCUGCUCCGCUCAUCCCCCUGGGGCCCGUCACCCCCUCCACGCCGCCUCUUCUCCCUGCUGUUGAUGCUGCCCCGCCUCCUCCCCUUGCUGCUGACGACACUGGUGCUGAUGGCGCUGCUGCUGCUGGUGCUGGUGCGGGUACUGGUGGUGCUGCCUCUGCGUGGGCACUUUUGGAGGAGGAGGAGGAGAGGAGAGCGAGAGAGGAGGGGGAAGAGGGGGAGGAGGAGGAGGAGCAAGGGGAGGAGAGUGGUGAAUUGGCAGGGGAAGGGGGGAUUGGUGGGCUGGGAGGGUGGUCGAGAGGGAGUGGAAGGGGGAGAGGGGGAAUGGGGGAGGAGGAGGAGGAGGAGGAGGAGGAGGAGGAGGAGGAGGAGGAGGAGGAGGAGGAGGAGGAGGAGGAAGCUGGCCAUGAGAUGGAGGAGGAACCGGAGACGCCACAGGGCCCGUCUGCGUGGGACAACCGCUUUGGCUUCACAGCAUCGGGGGUGGACUCGCCCUCUGUCUCGCAGUCGAUGGAAUUCCAGCCCUCGGCCUUUGCCGCUCAGGACUUCGCCUCGGGAUUCGACGACCAUGUCGACUCGUCUGGAUUCCGAGCCUCCGGCCAGUUUGACUCGGGCUUCCGAGCCUCGGGCCAGUUCAAUCCGCACUCACGUCCGGAGGAUUCUGCGAGUGCUUCGGAACAAUCAGGUGGGGCAGGGUUGGGCCGCCCGGAUGAUUACUCUGAGGUGGCUUCAGGUAGCGCUGCUGGAUUCGAUUCUGCCGCCGGAUUUGAUUCUGCUGCGGGGUUUGAUUCUGCCUACGGAAGUGGGAGGGGCAGUGGCGGCAGGGGUGUGGGGGUGCCGGCGUCGCGGUUUGAUGAGCAUGUGGGGGAGGUGGAGGCAUCUUCAGCCGAAAACACUCCGGUGGCUGGCGCAGGUGGUGGCGGGUACUUCUCCCAGAGCGGGUGGAGUGCAUUCUAGCGCUGCUUUGGGUGUGUUGCCGCGCACAACCAGCACCUGGGGAGCAGCAAGUGGAGAAGGGCAGGUGGUGUGGGGAAGGGGGCAUCUUCUCCAGAGAACACACCGGUGAGCGGUGCAGGUCGUGACGGGUACUUCUUCCAGAGCGGGUGGAGUGCGUUCCAACGCUGCUUCGGUGUUUUUUUGCAUGCACAAUUAGCACUUGGGGAGCAGACUUCGGGCGAGGGGGUCAUGUGCCAUGUUGGGGGGGAGGCAUUGUCUGCUGAGUUAUGAUGAUUCAGGACUUCCAGUAGCAAACGAUUCAAGUUCUCGUGCAUGCAUUGUGUCAGAACUGCUGUGCAA